AUGGCCGCGGACGCCACCGCCAUCGAGAGCGAGCAGGCGGAGGUCAUGCUCGGGCAUGACAGGAAGGGCGAGUGCGAUGGUUCAGCGAAAAAGCCUGGUUUUGGCAAACAUCCUCGAGUGAUCGUGGGCGCCGCAGCGUUACACGCUGCGCGCGCUUUUAAGGGUCUUGACCGCCUAGUCCUAGCAAGAGACCAUCGUCGCAAACGUACCCUCAACAACGUCGGGUGCUUCGGGCGCAAGAAGGGGGAGGAGCAGGAGCAGCAGCCGGACCAUUACGCGGAAGAGGUCUUCAAGCAGCAUUCAGGCAUCGAUGCCGCCUCCAAAACGGUCAUGUUCGGACUCGCCGGUCAAGCAAGAUACACACCGACGAAGAAAUCGCGUUCACCCUUGUUGUGCGAGAUGUUGGGAAGAGCAUCUACGAAGGACGUUCUCCACGCGGCGUACUGA